AUGCGUCAAAAACGAGCGAAAACGUACAGGAAGCUCAUGGCCCAGUAUGAGCGCGCCUUCGGUUUCCGGCAACCAUAUCAAGUACUUGUUAAUUCCGACUUUUGUGAAAUGGCUAUCCAGCUUAAGAUGGAAUUUAUGAAAGACCUCGAGAUCGUCCUGCAAGCGAAAGCCAAACCGAUGAUAACCCAGUGCUGUAUCGCCGCUCUCUAUGCGCUCGGGCCUACAGGCCAAUCGAUCGUCGACCUAGCAAAGACCUUCGAGCGGCGCCGUUGUGGGCACCUCGAGACGCCUCUUUCUCCCGAAGAAUGUAUCGCCUCCGUCGUCGGGCCUACAAAUAGGCACCGGUAUGUGGUCAUGACCCAGAGUGACGGAUUAAGGCCGCAGAUGAGAGAAGUCGAGGGAGUGCCGAUCGUUGCGCUUAAUAGGGCUGUGAUGGUACUGGAGAUGAUGAGUGAGAAGACGAAGCUGAAGAUCCGGGCUGAGGAGGUGAAAGCGCUUAGGCCAGUUUUGAAAGCUGCCCGUGGGGAGAAACCGCCUCCUGCGCCGGUGGUGAGGAAGAAGAAGCCGAAAGCACCCAAUCCGCUCAGUGUGAAAAGGAAAGUGCCGAGGGCUGUUGAACAUCAUAGACCGGAGGGAGAGCAGGCGGUCAGGCUUGGGAAGCGGGGGAGAGAGGAAGAGGAGGUGCAAAAGGAGGAGACUGGGGAGGUGCAGCAGGAGAGAAAGAAGAGGAAGAGGAGGAAGAAGAAUAAGUCUGCGGCGGCGGUUGAGGAUGUAGCUGGUGCAGAUGAGGAGGAAGACUGA